AUGGCUCCACUAUUUCCCUUUGUGGUAAUAUCACGGCGUGUGACCCCUGAGCAGCUCCGGCUCGAGAAGCCCGUACUCUACAUGGCCAUCAUGAUGGUUGCAUGCCAGAGUGACGUGCAUCGGCAGCUCAGCAUCGCCCGGAUAGUCAGGCAAGAGAUCAGCCAGGCGGUAUUGAUUCGCUCGGAAAGAAGCCUGGCGCUGUUGGAGGGGUUGUUGUUGUACAUAGCUUGGAAUCACGUACAUCUCCAGCUGGGCCACCAACUCCUCCUUCUCCAGCACAUGGCCAUCGCCAUGCUCACAGAUCUCGGCCUGAACAAAGAGCCGCAUUUCCGUCCAAAGACCGCCGCAGGCGCCUUUAGAGAGGCUGGGCCUCAGGUCGCCAUGGAACCUGCCCGGACACUGGAGGAGCGCAGAGUGUUCCUCGGCGUUUUCUGGGUAACUUCGUUGACGAAAACCUGCUUCAAAGAGAUGCAGGCCCUGAGAUUCACCAACUACGCUGAGUCCUGUUGCCGGAUCCUUGAAAACGCGACGAACCACCCGAACGACACAUACCUUGUCCAUGUCGUGCGCUUACAGCAACGGGUAGAGAGAGUGGGAGACAUUCUAUACAGCGAAGACCUAGACACCGUAUCCGGCAUGAACCCUCCUUUGGCGAUGAUCAUCUCGUCGCUGGAGAAGGAGGUUUCAGAUGCUACAACCGGCCUACCAUCGAACAUACGGCAGACUCCCUUGCUCCAAAUGUCCUACCGCAUGCUCCAACUAUACCUCUACAAGAUCGCGCUCGAUGACCGUCUUUUCCCACCCCAGUCUCCCUACGCCACGCUCCGCACCAACCUCCUCUUCUCCUGUCUCGCCGCCAUCGAAUCCCUAGUCUCGCUCUUCUUCGAGCUCCCAGCGCAAACAAUUCUCUCACUACCCUACCCGAACUGGGGCCAGGUGGGCCACGCAAUGCUAAUAUUGUCGCGGCUCGCAGAGGUCAAGCACGGGACGUGGGACACCGGAGUCGUGUCCAGCGUGCUAGAUCACCGCGAGACGUUCAGACGGUUGGCUAGGAGAUUAGAAGAGGUGAUGGCUGUGGGCGCGAAGGAGACGCCGCCAAGGAGUUUUCCGGAGGUUUUUGCACUUAUGAUUGAUAAGCUGCGGGAUCUGGGGAGUUCGGAGGGACGCCGGGAAGAUGAGGCGCUUAUGGAUGGUGAGGAUUUGAAUCAUAUGCUAUGUGAGGAUGAGAUGAUGGGUGGUAUACUGUUUGACUUUUUUGAUCUGGGUCAAGGAGUCUAA